UAAUGUAAUGUAAUAUAUAUAUUUCAGAUAUUACGUACUGGGUGAUUUGAUCAUGGAUUGCGAAAGAAAGAAAAUCGGUUAUGGCGAGAAUUGAAGAAGAGUUUCGCAUCUCAAUCUAACUUCUACUUCUAGUACUUCCUCAACACUAAUAGAGAGAGACAAUUUGAUACAAUUCGAUUUGGAUUUUCGACCCCCAUAAGACCCAUAAAUUUGGGUCGGGACUCUCUCCAGUUCCAUUGCUUUCAUUUUUGUCCUUGUAUUGCGGUUCAAGAGUGGAGGGAGUAACAUGAAGAGCGGCGGCGUCGGCGGCGGCGGAAAUGCUCCGACGAAGCGGCGGUGGAGAGGCCUUGUGCUUGGAGUUCUCGGCCUCGUUCUCCUCUCCAUGCUCGUUCCGCUCGUGUUUCUGCUCGGCUUUCACAAUGGCUUCCAAUCGCCAGGAUUUGUGUCGGAACAAAGUUCUGCUUCGAAUCCAAUUCGGGGAUAUAUUAAAGAUAGCAGCAGAGAUACGCCGGAUCUGUCUGAGGGGGAUCAAUCGCGCCAUGUAGAUGAUCUUGUGAGAAGAUUAGCACCAACUCUUUCUAAGGAUAUAUUUAAGAAAUCUAAGCCUAAAGAAGAAACCAUUGGAGGCGUCACUGUGCAUGAUGAUGUUCCAAGAAAAGCCUCUCCAGCACCGGCUAAGAAAGUUCCACGGGUGUCUCCCACUAUAAAUAAGACUAGAGCUGAUGGUCCUACUCACAUAACUAAAAAUCCAAAAUAUGUUGAUGAAAGCGGCAAACAAUGUGAAUUGAAAUAUGGGAGUUUCUGCCUUUGGCGCCAAGAACAUAAAGAGGAGAUGAAGGAUUCCAUGGUGAAGAAAUUGAAGGACAAAUUAUUUGUGGCAAGAGCGUACUAUCCUACAAUUGCAAAACUACCAGCACAGGACAAGUUGUCUCGAGAGAUGAAACAAAAUAUUCAGGAAUUUGAGCGUAUUCUUAGUGAAACUAGUACAGAUGCUGAUCUUCCAUCACAGGUUCAAAAGAAGUUACAGAAAAUGGAUGCUGUGAUAGCCAGAGCUAAAUCAUUCCCUGUGGACUGUAAUAAUGUUGACAAAAAAUUGAGACAAAUAUUUGACAUGACCGAGGAUGAAGCUAACUUCCACAUGAGACAAAGUUCCUUCCUCUACCAACUAGCUGUCCAGACAAUGCCAAAGAGUCUCCAUUGCCUUUCUAUGAGACUGACAGUAGACUAUUUCAAAUCACCAAGUGAUGUGGAGCUCUCUCUCACCGAAAAAUACAUGGAUCCUGCAUUGCAGCAUUACGUCAUAUUUUCCAAGAAUGUACUUGCAUCAUCAGCCGUAAUCAACUCAACUGUGAUGCAUGCGAAAGAAAGUGUGAAUCAGGUUUUUCAUGUGCUAACAAAUGGACAGAACUACUAUGCAAUGAAACAAUGGUUCAUCAGAAACACUUAUAAAGAAGCAACAGUUCGAGUGUUAAACAUUGAAGCCCUUAAUCUAGAAAACCAAAACCUAGAACUCUCAUUGCCUGUGGAAUUUCGUGUUUCCUUCCAUAGCGUUGAUAAUCCACCUGUGGCCCAGAUGAGAACAGAAUAUUUGUCUACCUUUUCUCAUUCACACUACCUCCUACCUCAGAUUUUUCAGAACUUAAAGAGAGUUGUGGUUUUGGAUGAUGAUGUUAUUGUCCAGCAAGAUUUGUCAGCUCUUUGGAGCCUCAACAUGGGAGGGAAAGUCAAUGGUGCAGUGCAAAUGUGCUCUGUAAGGUUGAAUCUUCUGAAAAGCUAUCUGGGCGAAAGAAGUUUCGAUAAGAACUCUUGUGUUUGGAUGUCUGGAUUGAAUGUAAUUGACCUGGACAAGUGGAGGGAGGUUGAUCUUACUGAAACAUACGGAAGAUUGUUAAAGGAGCUGAGUAUGGGAGAAGGACUAAGUGAAGCUGUUGCAAGCUUGCUGUCCUUUCAAGAUUUGAUUUACGUUCUUGAUGAUGCCUGGGCUUUGUCUGGACUAGGCUACGACUAUGGCCUUGAUAUCAAAGCCAUAAAAAGAGCUGCUGUAUUACACUAUAAUGGAAAUAUGAAACCUUGGCUUGACUUGGGUAUUCCAAAAUACAGGCAUUAUUGGAAGAACUUCCGGAACCAAGAAGAUCAAUUCUUGAGUGAGUGCAAUGUGAGUCCGUGACAAGCUGAUGCUAUUCGUUUGUUGUCUGCUAGAGAUUCUUGGAGACAUAGCUCAGAAACAAAUUGUGGAUGCCGAUUUUUUUGGAUGCUGAGGGUAUUCAUCAAACGACCCAAAAGGGUUUGGUGUUUGGAAGACGAGAUUGCGAUGCUGAGUUUGACAAACAGUAAAUUCUAAUUAUUUUUGGUAAAUACAAGGACUAGAGAUUUAUCCACUUUCCAGAAGAGCACAAAGGGACUGGCUUCCUGAUCACGGCCAAAGGUUUCAAGUCACAAUUACAAGAGGAUUGAAAUUGGAAUUUCGUCGGUAGUCCAUAAAGUGAUGUGAGGAGCUUUCUGGCUUCUUAGAUUUGUAAACUGAAUGAGUGGAGAAUUAUGCACAAAUAAUUCUGUAUACGGGAAGGUGCGAUAGUAUGUUUAGUUCAAAGCGAUUCAAUUGCCAUUUGAUGAGAUAAAACGACUGUUGGCUGCAAAGCCUGACUAGUCUUGUAUGCCUUUAAAAGAAAUCAUACUUCUUUUAAGGUUGUAUCUUAUUUAAUUAAAUCACUUAUUUUUUGUUA